UAAUCAGACGAUAAACAACUCGAAGGCCUAGAUUAUUUGUUAAUUAUAUUCGGUGUUAAACAGUCUUAUAUACUAUCAUUGUUAGCAUAUACAUAGUCAAAGAAGGAUUCAUCACGACAGUAAAUAACACAUUUUACAUUGAACUUACAUCUUUGUUAAAUAUACCAUAAUAAUUCUAUAACUAUGGCAAGAAAAAAUCUCUUAUCAUUCAAUGGUCUAACUGCAAAACUUCGACUUAUAUGCUAAAAACUGCAAAAAGCUCAACAUUACAAGAUGUCAUUAAAAAUCAAAAAAAAAUAAAAAUCAACUAUUUCCUUUAUGUAAUGAAUGUAAACGUUUAAUACACCUUUAGAAAUGUUAAUAAUUUUAUUUGCAGUGUACAGAAUGUAGAGCUGUUAUUUUAAGUUUAGGAUCAAAGGGAAACAAAGGAGUAUUUACAUACCAUACUUUCUUUUUAAAUUUAGUCAAUUGUAACCGUUCGUCUUUUGAAGUAAUUUUCUCGUGCAGACGAAUAAUCAUAAACAUUGUUAUCGUUUACUUAUUUAUACUACAAUUAGUGAAGACCUAGAUUUCAUUUUAAGUGUACUGAAUGAAUGAAUGAAUGAACGAAUGACCUUUUGUCCUGAUUUGGUUCAUAUAUCUAUUCGUUCCAUAAUUUAAGACUGACAUGCUACUUCCUUCUCUAUUAUAUUUAAGUAUACGUCUGGUAUGCAAGCAUUUGUUAAGAUAACAAAGACACAAAACAGAUAAUGUCAGUAAGGUACCUGCAAUAUUUUGCUAUUAUUUAGAACACAAAGGGCUGUCCGUGCAUGCAAUUAAAACUGGUUAUUUGAGGAAAGAAGACAAAAUAUAUGAGGGAAUAUAUUUUAACAAGAUUGUGAUAUUUGUAACAGGCCAUACCGUCUUGUUAAUGUACAGUAAGUUAUGAAAGUACUAAUAUGUUUUGUAAGAGAAGUUUUCUUACUGUAAGACAUUGUAACGACAAAUAAACAAUUAAUAACACAGUGUGUAGUUUGAAGCCAUAAUUAUCAUAUUUAUUUCACUCUAAUAUUCAAUACUUGAAGACAUGGAACAAUUAGGAACAAGUAUCAGAUUAGCAAAUAAAAAUUCUGUAAGAGGAAACGAAAAGAUUUGUAAAUAGGAAAGGAAAAAUAAUUCAAAGUGACCGAAAAAAAAUGUAGAAGAAUAGUAGUAAUAGAGAAGAAGUCAAAAGGGGAGAGGAGACACUGAUGAUUGCCUUCGUGAUUGAAAUGCAAUAGAGAUCAUCUAAUUAGCACGACUAAUCAUCUAAUGAAAUUAUAAUGUUCUUGGUCAAGUUGUUUUCAAGAAAAUGACUUUCCUAUGUGACCUUGACCUUUGAUGGAGUGACCCCUUAAACUAUAAGCGUCAUCUACGACUUUAUCCCUGUCAACAUUUGAAAUAUGAAGAUUCUGAAUGAAAUGAUUCUCCAGGUAUCUAGCAGAUAUAAAGUGUGACGGGCAGACGGACGAUCGGACGGAGGGAGCAAAACAUUAUACAGAUAGGAGAAAUUCUGGAAACAACGACAACAAACAUAUCAAGCGUCAUACAUUACAAAGUAAGACAGACGGUAAUCGAAACAGAAGUAGAAAGAUAUUAGUGAACCGAUUGCUUCAAAUGCCCAUGAAGUUUAUUUUGAUUAUUUGGAAAAUAGUAUAAUAUAAAAUACCCUGUCAAUUUGAUUAUUGAGAAAAGGAAUGACAAAAGAAAAAAAAUAAACGAGCAGUCCCAUUUAAACGCAUGUAUGAGCAUACUCCUACUGUCAAUAGUAAAGUUGUAUACCAAACAUUCAUCAAUGCCAAAGAUCAGUACCUGUCGUGACAAACCUCGUUGCACAAGGAUAAUUGUAUUUAAACAUAAUAACAAAAUCGUUCAAUAAUGUCUAUCAUUUUUGUCAAAUAUCUAUAAAUAGUUAACUGUGAAACCAAAUAUCUUUUUUCUAAAGUUUAUGUUCCUAAUAUCCAUAAAUAGGAAUAUCUUUGUGUGACCGGGUAACUACUGCCAACGAUGUUGUAACGUCAUGUCCGCCCAAAGCGGUAUAGUCUAUACUUUUUACUAAUUUUAUGUGUUUCUGUGAUUUAGAAUUUUCUGGAUUGAUAAUGAACUGAAGUAAAUGGAAGUCAUGUAUCAACACACAUGAUUCAUCAGAUUGGAUGAAAACAUACAAGUCUUGAGCAUGGCUACUGCAGCGCCAUCAGCCGAGCGGGUUUAUCUUUUCCGCCUACUAACUCUAACUGUAGAUUGCGGUACUACAAUCAUUAGGAAAAUAUUCGACCAUAGAAGCUCAAAUGCUCCACUAACGGUACUCCUGACUCACGAGAAGCCAACCAUUACUCGCCUUAAAACACAGAAGGCAAUCACGAAUGUCCAGUUUUGCUUGUUGUAUCCACCAAGUGGUCAGGCUCCAACUUCAGCCGACUUCGACCUAACUCUUGCCAUAUGCUUGCUUAGAAACCUGAGACCAUGUGGCUUGAAUAGGAAGUUUAAUUGGAGUUCUCCACCUCUGCCAGGGGACACUUCACUUGAGGCUGAUAUAUGUCGACUUAGAAUGUUUCGCAACGAACUGGCACAUAUAUCAACUACAACAGGGAUCCAGAAAUCAACUUUCCUUACCAAGUGGGCUGACAUAGAGCAGGUUCUCUACAGACUGAACAACUCUGUUCCAAACCCUGUUCAAAACUUGCAGCAAACCAUUCACGAUUAUAAAAAUAGUCCUUUAGACCCCGAGACAGAAGAAAAAGUUGAAAAGGAAAUAGAGAGGUGGCAAGAAAUUGAGAAAGAAUUGGAAACUAAAGUACAGCAUGUGCAAGAAAAUUUGCAAACAGUGACUGGGGAUAUUGUUGUCGUAAAGGAUGAUGUGACUGUCAUGAAAGAUGAUAUGACCGAUAUGAAAGAAGAUGUUAAAGAAGUAAAAGGUGAAUUAGAACAGCUUAAAGACAAAUCAGAAGGUAAAGCGAAGAAAGAUCCUAGCAUUUUACAGAGACUAUAUAGGAAGAUACAUAUGCGCAAAAUAAAGAAAGGUAAUGUAACAUUUGAGAUACCAGUCACCUAAGAUAUUGACCUGACGCACUGUAUCUUUGUUAAUUCAUUUUUUGCAGUUUUUUUUGUUGUUGUUUUUUUGUCGGUAAAUCUUAUGUAACAUAACAUAUAACAUAACAUAUACUUUAUUUGGCAUAAAAUGACAAAUACAUAUUUAUAGCCAAUACAAUGUAUGUUUAUGACAUUAUGUAUGUUUAAUUCUUGCAAAAGGUUCAUGUAGCGCAUUUGCAAAUGAUAGUUCUGUAAAAGCUUUCUCACAUGUCAAGUCAAUGUCUAGAUUUACUGAUUAAUCAUAUUUAAUCCUGUUGUUAUGCUAAACAUCAAAAAAAAUUGUCUAAUCAGCCAAAGGUAUAAGAAAUGUAACUUAAGUCAUUAGUUAAUUAUGUUGGACGUAGGCGUAUUUAAAGUGCGCCAAACAUCUACUUGAACAAUAUUUUCAAAAAUGUAUUAUCCUUACUAUGUGUAUAUAUUACUCAUAUGUAUAUCAAGAAUAACAUAAUGUGGUUCCGGAUAAUAAAUGUCUUAUCAAUAUUAGCUGCUAUGAACCGUUCAAGAAUGUUAGAAUUCUACAUCCUUAGUCUUUGGAACAGUAUAUUUUAAUCAGAAAUAUUUUUGUUUCCUUUACAAUCAGUGUUAAUACACUUCAGCUUCAGGCGAAGUUCUAUUAUAACUAUAUGUUUAUUUGUUUUAUUUGUUUCUUAGACAUUAAUAUUUUUCAAGUUUUCAGUGUGAAGCUUUCAAUAAGUAUUAGUGUUUUUUUUUUUUUUUUUUUUUUUUUUUUUUUUUUCAAAUUACCGUUUACCAUUUUACAAAGGUAAUAUAAAUCUGGUUAUAAGAUUGAAAUAACUUUGACUAGAGAGAUAAUUCAAUUCCAGUAUUGUGAUUUGUUCUUUAUAUAGAUUGAGAUGUACCUUAAAAUAUUAUGUAAUUGUGUAUUUCUCAAUUAUAGAUAUAUUUGUUCUUGAAGACCGUUGUGAAUACGUAUUUUAUAUAUCUUCAACACACUUCUCCAACAAGGCUACUACAUGGUAUCAUAAAAAAAACGAAAAAAAAUGUUGUUUUUUUAUUGCUCCUUUAAUUUAGUUUAGAAAUAAAAUACAUUUUUGUAAUAGUAGUAUAUUAAGCAUUACAAGACAUGGUAUAACGAGGCCCUAUCCGGUGAUAAGACCGUGACUAUAACGUUCAAUUUAACAUAUGUUUAGUACGUUACUAUCACCCUAAAACUAUUAAAUUAAAACACGAUUAAGAUUUUUUUUCAAUUAUUGGUUGCAACUAUAAUACAACCUAAAAUAGAUUUUUCAAAGACCUGAAACUGGAAAGUGUUAGGGCAGUAAAGUAUGUAACUAGAUAACCAGACCGUCAUGGUAAUGUGUCUAACGAGCACGUGCUGCAGACUUUGCCAUUCACCAAUAAUGUCUUGUUUUGUUUGAAAGGUGUUGUGGACUAAAACAAAUUCCUAAAAAAAAUAUUUUUCAAAGACCUAGUCAAUACGCUUUACAUAUUCAUUUACCGGGGCUGGUGGAGGGCCGUAUAUAUCAGCAUUAGAUUUGAUGAUAUCAACUCUCCUUGUCAUAGAUAUUUUACGUAUACAGUGUUCUUAAGAUAACCUGUUUUGAGAACCGCUAUAAAUUCUUAUACAGUUGCGUUGCAUUACCUAGACUAGAGGAUGUCCCCAUAAAUCAUCUACUUCUACAUACUUCUUGAACUCGGGGCUCAGGAGGGAACUUUUACAACGGAUGCGAGGUUUUCCGUACUGUAUAGAUACAAUUUUAAACUUAAGAUGUGAACAUUCUUUUAAUAAUUAAAUUCAAAUCCGCUGAUGCUAAGAAAAAUUUCCAAUACGAUGUUUAUGCAUUUAAGUUUUUUUGUAACUUUUUUUCUAUCUAUAUUCCAAUAUCUUUCAAGCUACUUGUGGGAACACGGAUAAUUGGAGCGUUAAAGAUGUUUAGGGAAAGUUAAAGAGAAUAUAUUGAAGAAGAAAAGAUGUAGGUUAAUUAAGGUAAAAACAAUGGCAGAUGGACUAUGAUGGUCAAUAUGGCUGACAUGCAUACUAACUUGUUCUAUUGUUUUUAGAGACGGAAUAUUAGAUGUGUGUCUGUCUCAUAUUAAUUAAACAAUACAUGGCAUCAAAAGAAUGUAUUUUCAUCUAUUGUAAUUGCUGAGGUAAACCUCAGAAGACGGAAAUAUUUGGAGUCUCUUUCAAAUGGGAUUAGGUAACCUACCUUGUGAAAGGCGACACAUUCAUAAUUUAUUUUAUACAAAUGUACAUCAUGGAGUGCCUUCAAUCAAUACGGCAAAAACUGAGUGCGUGCUAGUAUCUUUGCAAUUAAGGCAGUGCUGUUAUUAUUUAUUUUUAAGAAUCAAAGCAUCAAAGCUUCAGAUAUAUUGUAGAUGAUAAUCAUCUGUAGCAAUACAUGUCCUUUAUACUUCUCUACCCCUGUCAAUCAUUAGCCAAUACUUUUAAUAUAGGUUACAGUCAUAAAAACGAGAUUACUUCAACUUC